UGAGGUUUUUACUUUCCACUUUUUUCUGGACAAGCAAGUCAUCAUUCCUAACUACUCCACCGACCUCAUUACAGUUACCUGUUAAACCCCCACGGGCCCCAACUCUCUCUCUCUCUCUCUCUCUCUCUCCCUCUCUCCUCCUUACAUUACAUAAUUACCGAAAGAUCAAUCACUUUGUGGGAAUUUGGAAGUCCUUCGUCCUCCCGAGAGAUUGUGAAAAUGGCAGAGGAGGGAGCGGGAGCGGGGGCGGGAGGGAGUGAAGUAGUACUCUCUGCUCCGCCAACUCCAAUUCGCCGCGUUCUUCUGAUCUCCGCCGGUGCCAGUCACUCUGUUGCUCUUCUCUCUGAAAAUGUGUUUUGCUCCUGGGGACGAGGAGAGGAUGGGCAGUUAGGCCAUGGUGAUGCCGAGGACCGACUUUUACCUACGCAUUUAAGCGCAUUGGACGGCCAUGAAAUAGUGUCUAUUACUUGUGGAGCUGAUCAUACAAUUGCUUACUCCAACUCUCGUUCGGAAGUUUAUAGUUGGGGAUGGGGUGACUUUGGGAGAUUGGGUCAUGGUAAUUCUAGUGACUUGUUUACACCUCAGCCAAUAAAAGCAUUACAUGGUAUUAAGAUAAGGCAAAUUGCUUGCGGGGAUAGUCAUUGUUUGGCAGUGACGAUGGAAGGUGAGGUGCAAAGUUGGGGGCGAAAUCAAAAUGGUCAGCUUGGUCUUGGUACCACUGAAGACUCUCUUGUACCACAGAAAAUUCAAGCGUUUCAGGGGUUAUCUGUCAAAAUGGUUGCUGCUGGUGCUGAACAUACUGCAGCUGUCACAGAAGAUGGGUCGCUCUAUGGGUGGGGCUGGGGCCGAUAUGGAAACUUGGGCCUAGGUGAUAGGAACGAUCGCAUGGUUCCGGAGAGGGUUUCUAUGGUUAAUAGUGAGAAGAUGGUUAUGGUUGCGUGUGGGUGGAGGCACACGAUAUCUGUUUCCUCAUCGGGUCGAUUGUACACAUAUGGUUGGAGCAAAUAUGGUCAACUGGGACAUGGGGAUUUUGAGGAUCACCUUGUUCCUCACGAGCUAGAAGCCUUGAGUGACAAAUUUAUUUGUGAGACAGCUGGUGGUUGGAGGCAUACCAUGGCACUCACAUCUGACGGAAUACUCUAUGGCUGGGGUUGGAAUAAGCAAGUCAGUUCCUCAUUUCCCUUGGGGUUCGUUACUUGCCUUUUUCUAUUUCAUGGACAGUUUGGACAAGUUGGAGUGGGUGACAACAUCGAUCACUGUUCUCCUGUGCAAGUUGAAUUUCCAAAUGAGCAGAAAGUAGUUAAAAUAUCUUGUGGAUGGAGACACACACUUGCUGUUACUGAAAGACAAAAUGUGUUCUCCUGGGGGAGAGGCACAAAUGGACAGCUUGGGCAUGGGGAAUCUGUUGAUCGGAACGUUCCAAAGAUUAUCGAGUCUUUGAGUGUUGAUGGAUCUACCGGGCAACAAAUAGAAUCUUCAAAAGUUGAUCCAUCUACAGGGAAAACUUGGGUGUCACCAUCGGUGAGAUAUGCAGUUGUUCCUGAUGAAACUGUUCGAGGGCAAGCAUCUACUUCAGUCGGGGGUAAUGGGAAUGAUGCAAGUGUUCCUGAAUCCGACGUCAAACGCACACGGUUUUGACCAUCUUUGGGAACGUACGCGAGUCUGUGAAAUGAAUGAAGACACAAGGACGACCUGCCCUACUGGCUUAUAAAUUCCGGAAAUGCUGUAAGCGAUCGAACCAGUCGACCGCAUUAGUAACAUGUACCCUCAUCUCCCCUGGUUUUAAAUUACUGCACCUUUGGAAAGACAAUGCAUGUAUUCCUCCGGUCUUACGUAUUAUGUAGACAGAAUACCAAACAACCCAGCUGGGUUUAACAGUUUUUGUUUGAGGAGGGCAUCGGCAUCCUAAUCUUAUGGUGAUUUGUUUCCACUCU